AUGCUACGCUCUCCAGGCUCUAAGCCAUCCCGCGGCAGCCUGGUGUGUGAGGCCAACAGCGGCACGCCUGUCCCCAAGAACAGCAUCCUGGUGGUGGGUGGCACCGGCACCCUGGGCCGCCAGAUCGUGCGCAAGGCUCUGGACGAGGGCUACGACGUGCGCUGCAUCGUGCGGCCGCGCCAGAACCCGGCCGACUUCCUGCGCGACUGGGGGGCGACCACCGUGCAGGCCGACCUCACCGACCUGACCUCCCUUCCCGCCACCCUGGUCGGCGUCAGCGCGAUCAUCGACUGCGCCACCGCGCGGCCCGAGGAGUCGACGCAGAAGGUGGACUGGGAGGGCAAGGUCGCGCUCAUCCAGUGCGCGCAGGCCAUGGGCAUCCAGCGCUACGUGUUCUUCAGCAUCUUCAACUGCGACAAGCACCCCGAGGUGCCGCUCAUGAACAUCAAGGCGUGCACGGAGGACUUCCUGGCGAGCAGCGGGCUGAACUACACGACGCUGCGGCUGUGCGGGUUCAUGCAGGCUGUGAUUGGCAACUACGCCGUGCCCAUCCUGGAGGACCGGCCCGUGUGGGGCACCAACGAUGAGACGCGCACGGCCUACCUGGACACCCAGGACGUUGCGCGCAUGACGAUGGCGGCGCUGCGCAGCGAGGAGUGCAGCGGGCGGACGCUGACGCUGGCUGGGCCCCGGGCGUACACCACCAAGGAGGUCAUUGAGCUGUGCGAGGACAUGAGCGACAGCAAGGCCCAGAUCAACACCGUGCCCACCUGGCUGCUGAAGGGCACGCGCAACGUGCUCAAGGGCGCACAGUGGGCCAAGGACGCGGCGGACCGCCUGGCGUUUGCCGAGGUGCUGGCCAACAACGAGACGUGGGACGCGCCCAUGGACCAGACCUACGAGCUGCUGGGCAUUGAGGCCGAGAGCGUCAACACCCUGGAGGAUUACCUCAAGGAGUACUUCAACAAGAUCAUGAAGCGCCUCAAGGAGGUGGGCGCUUCCACUGAUCGCACCAACUUCUACGUCUGA